UGGCGGUCAAAUUGUGGUAGGUGAAGUCUGAGAGUACUUACAAGAAGACGUAGCUGAGUUUGAGACUGAGAAGUGAAUAUACAUUUACACUGCAUUACAUUGGUGAGAAGUGGCUGUGGCUAGCUGGGAGUGAUCAUGGAGGUGGUGGAGAACAAGCAAGUGAUAUUCAAAGGGUAUAUAGAGAGAGCACCAAAGGAGACAGACAUGGAACUCAAGGUUAACAAAAUUCAACUCAAGGCACCAAAAGGUUCUACAGCUUUUCUGGUCAAGAAUUUGUAUCUUUCUUGUGACCCUUACAUGAGAGCCCUCAUGCGUCAGGGCUCUGGCGGUCAUCAUCCUCCUUAUGUCCCUGGUCAGGUGAUUCAAGGAUUUGGUGUGUCAAAGGUUGUGGAUUCUGAUAACCCCGAUUUCAAGCCUGGAGAUAUAAUUUCUGGGUUUACUGGGUGGGAAGAAUACAGCUUGCUUAAGAAUCCUGAGCAGCUGAGCAAAAUUCAACCUGAUGAUCAAAUCCCUCUCUCUUAUCAUUUGGGUCUUCUUGGGAUGCCUGGUUUUACUGCUUAUGUUGGAUUUUAUGAGGUUUGCGCCCCUAAAAAAGGUGAAUAUGUUUUUGUCUCUGCGGCUGCUGGAGCUGUUGGGCAGCUUGUUGGGCAGCUUGCUAAGUUGCAUGGCUGCUAUGUAGUUGGAAGUGCCGGAAGUAGCCAAAAGGUUGAUCUUUUAAAGAAUAAGCUUGGCUUUGAUGAAGCUUUUAACUAUAAGGAAGAACUGGACCUGGAUGCAGCUUUGAAAAGGUGCUUUCCACAAGGCAUUGACAUCUACUUUGAUAAUGUGGGUGGGGAAACACUUGACACGGCAUUGAUUAACAUGAGGGUCCAUGGCCGAGUUGCAGUUUGUGGGAUGGUGUCUCUGCAUACCUACGGUGAUCCUCAAGGGAUUCACAACCUGUUCAAUCUCGUACCGAAGCGCAUUACUAUGAAAGGAUUCUUGCAGAGUGAUUACUUGCACUUAUAUCACCAGUUCCUGGAACAUGUUAUCAGCAAUUACAAGCAAGGCAAGAUCGUUUACAUCGAAGACAUGAAUGAAGGUUUGGAAAGUGCUCCAGCUGCUUUUGCUGGAUUAUUUUCUGGCAAAAAUGUGGGGAAGCAGGUUGUGUGUGUGGCCAGGGAAUGAUAUUUCUCAAUUAACAUGGCUUGUAGCCAUGUUGCGACAAUUUUAUUUUCGUCGCCAAAAUGCAUGUUUCGGAUAAUAUUUAGAGCUUUUAGCUAUUCAUUCUACGGAAAAAUGUUACAUGGAAUCCUCACCUGCUUUCUUUAUCUUGUCUUCAAAUCUUUUUUCAAGUUACUUGGUUGGCAAGAGAUUAAUAUGUUUCCCUUCAUCAA